AUGCCACCUUCAGUUAUGAGCUCGCCGAAGUUCAUAACUUGCCCAGACUGUGGCGAGAGGUACGACAAGACGCGCAAAAGGCGAGUGAUAGACACCUGCGGUCACCCCAGAUGCUUCUCGUGUCUCUUCCAGGACGAGCCGUGCGUACUCUGCGAAAAACUUCCGGUAGGUCCGGGCAGGCAAAGAGCGACCACUGUCCAAGAUAGACAGGUCGAAUAUAUGACAAGUGAUGAGCUAUUGAAACCGAUAUGGAAACUAAGCUUGGCGCAGAGCGGUCUUGGUGGUUCACAGCCUGAUAUUCGCGCCCUCGCAAAAGACAGGUCUGCCACCAUGCCCUCCUUCAGAGAAGAUAGCUACUUUCGGUCUCUCUAUCGCUACGAGCCUAGCGGAUCUCAAGAGCAACUGAGUAUUAACGCGAAUGUAAGCUCUUCCCCGCGUCCGAAAUCGCUACCUCCAAGCUACAACAAGUCACUAGACAACCUACACGAGCAGUUUUGGCGCAGCGUCCAACACGUUCAGCGGUCUAACACAAAAGAACAUGAGCAGACAGAGGAUGACCCGAAAUCAGGAUAUCCAGCACCGGAUGACCAUACACCGGAAGUAGUGGAGUGUCCUGCACCCAACGUGGUAAAACUUCCAGUUCCGCCAAGGUCUAAUCGACACAAAUCCAGCACUGACCUGAGCACUAUACUGCAUCAGGAACGCGAGAAAAUAAAGCGCGAACUUCAGCUCGAAGCGCUUAAAAAACAAGCAAUUAUGCAAGGCCGCACCAGGUCACACUCGGAACUAGUUCCCCAGGAGGACCACCAGAACAGAACCCGACCAGGUCUGAACCACCGACCACAAUCUUGGUCGCCAAGAUGUGAUAAGAAAUCUACCGAAGGAUCGCCGAUCGAUAAUCGUGACCUUUCUAAUAGUCGUCGGUUAAUGUCGGGGGUCCCGAUCACGGGUCGAACGACUCCGAUGUCUGACGAGUCGUCAGAGGCGUCCGUUUCUUUGACGGAGUCGGUGUCAUCUUGUUCGUACGAGUCAGGGUCGCAUCUCUCAGCGUCACCAGGCAGGGAGGAGAUGGGAGAGAUAUCGGUGAAAAGCAAAGUGAGUCCCCUCGCUAACGUGACCUACUGGGUGACGACGGGUAAGAGAGCUUCCCCUCAAGUCACGAGGACUUACCUAGAGACAGACCUAGAUGCGGUGAUAGCGGGUCAGCGGUGGACAAACACGGCAAAUACUUCGUGAAUGAAAAAGCAGUGAUUGUAAGACCCUUGCAAAUAGCGACAUUAUUGUUUGGAAUGACACGCAGAACUUCUGUGCCCAACAAUGUUUUAUUGUUUGUAGACCAUGUUGCAAUAUGCUGUGAUGAGCUUUGUCACAUGCCCUUUGUUUGCGUUUAACGGAGCGAGGCUACACUAGCAAUAUUUAACGAUGCUCGUGUUAAUUGCACGUGACUUGGCCAGAAAAUAUUGUCAUAUAUAAACAAGGCUUUUCCAUUCCAUGUCAUUUAUAAAGGGCGAGAAGGCAAAGCAGUGCUUCUCCAUGUGCGUAGCCAGGACUUGGGGCUGUGCCUUAAAAAAAGACAAUUGAUUCCCAAGACGUAGCAUCUGGUUUUGCUGAAAAUAUUCAUGUAUUAAACGACAGAAUAGUAUAUUCACGAGAUCCAUAGAGUGCCAUCUAGUCAAGCAUCUGGUGCGAGACAUUACCGCCAUGCUAGAUCCAUACGCAUGCGUAUUUCUUCGUUAUUCAUCACGUGUUACGAAGAAAAUUAAUCGGCUUACCAACGGAUACCUCACCUUAAAGGACUCCUCCAGUUUGGGUACGCGAUGGCUCGUAUACUUUGUACUGGAUUAAAAAAUACUUUUAUAAUUAUAAUGAAAAAUAACAAAUGCAUUUGUACAUACUGAGAUUUAUUAAAAUGAGCUGAAAAGUA